GGUCAAAAUGGCGGGCAGGCCAGCUGUUUCAGCAUCAGGCAGGUGGCUGGAGGGUAUUCGAAAAUGGUAUUACAAUGCUGCAGGAUUCAAUAAACUGGGGUUAAUGCGAGAUGAUACAUAUGAGGAUGAUGACAUAAAAGAAGCCCUAAAAAGACUUCCUGAAAACAUUUAUAAUGACAGGAUGUUUCGCAUUAAGAGAGCACUGGAUCUAACCAUCAGGCAGCAGAUCUUGCCUAAAGAGCAGUGGACAAAAUACGAAGAGGAUAAAUUCUACCUUGAACCAUACCUGAAAGAGGUUAUUCGGGAAAGAAGAGAGAGAGAAGAAUGGGCAAAGAAAUAAUCAUGUAGUCAAAAUCUGGCUGCAGCUGUCCACAAAGGAUUUUUAUGAAGUUACUUAAACCUCAAAUGU